AUGGUUGGCAGGGACAUGCCCGCACCGGCCUUGGUCACCAAGGAGGAGCUAGAAGCAGUUCUGCUGCACACCAAGAGUCGCAAAAGUUGUGGUAGAGACGGGGCCCCGUACGAGCUCUGGUGCGCGGUCCUACAGUCGGAUGCCGCGGAACACCUGGUUGAGUUUGUCAACGACCUGCUCCUCGGUAACCUUGUGUUCCCCCAGGAGUGGACCACGUCGCAGAUCGUCCUUAUACCCAAGACUAAGGAGCCAUCUCUUCCCAAGGAUUUCCGCCCCAUUGUGCUCGCGGCUACGUUGAGUAAGUUAGUGACCAAAGCGCUCCUCGUCAGACUGAGGGCAAUUUUCCCGCCCAUGCUCACGGGCCAGUUGUCAGCCCAGCGAGGAGCACAGUCGUUGGACGGGUCC